UUCUAUCCUGGUGAGUGUCCUCCCCACGGCCCCACCUCACCUCUGUGUACCUGUUCCAGUCACGGUGUACCUGUUGAGUGUUCCUGGCUCAGUCUGAAAGGUGCCUGUCUCUGCAACUAAGGACCUACCUCUAACGGAGCUGUGACAGGUGCCUCCCAUCAGUCUGAGCUGUGAGUGGCAGGUGGAGAGAGGUCCACUCAGAAAGCCAGCCCCACCAUGAGUCUGUGGGAACUUGACAGCCACAGCUGCCAAGGUACCCCAAGGCCGGCUCAGGAGCCCAGCACUGAGGAGACACCGGCUGUGGAGCUGCAGAUGAAGGUUGAUUUCUUCCGGAAGCUAGGCUACUCAUCCGCUGAGAUCCACAGUGUCCUGCAGAAACUGGGGGUGCAGGCCGACACCAACACAGUGCUGGGCGAGCUGGUCAAACAUGGGUCAGCAGCCGAGCGGGAGCGCCAGGCCUCCCCGGACCCCUGCGCUCAGCCCCCCCUGGUCCCCCGGGGUGGGGGCACCCCCAAGGCACCCACCCUGGAGCCCUCACCCCCAGAGGAGAACAAGGAAGGCAGUGACCUGAGACCUGUGGUCAUCGACGGUAGCAACGUGGCCAUGAGCCACGGGAAUAAGGAGGUGUUCUCUUGCCGGGGCAUCCUCCUGGCAGUGAACUGGUUUCUGGAGCGGGGCCACACAGACAUCACGGUAUUUGUGCCAUCCUGGAGGAAGGAGCAGCCUCGGCCUGAUGUGCCCAUCACAGACCAGCACAUCCUGCGGGAGCUGGAGAAGAAGAAGAUCCUGGUGUUUACCCCGUCCCGGCGCGUGGGCGGCAAGCGUGUGGUGUGCUACGAUGACCGCUUCAUCGUGAAGCUGGCUUUCGAGUCUGAUGGGGUCGUGGUCUCCAACGACACGUACCGGGACCUGCAGAGCGAGCGGCAGGAGUGGAAGCGCUUCAUUGAGGAGCGGCUGCUCAUGUAUUCCUUCGUCAAUGACAAGUUCAUGCCCCCCGAUGACCCUUUGGGCCGUCACGGGCCAAGCCUGGACAACUUCCUGCGCAAGAAGCCGCUGACAGCGGAGCACAGGAAGCAGCCGUGUCCCUACGGGAGGAAAUGCACCUACGGGAUCAAGUGCCGAUUCUUCCACCCAGAGCGGCCGAGCCGCCCGCAGCGCUCCGUGGCUGACGAGCUCCGCGCCAAUGCCCUCCUCCCACCCCCCAGGGCCCCGGGCAAAGACAGAAGCAGCCAGAGGCCCUCACCCUCGUCCCAACCCGGCCCUGGGCCCACAGAGCAUGAGCAGUGCAGCCUGGACGGGAAGAAGCUGGGAGCCCAGGCAUCCCCGGGGCCGCACCGAGAGGGUCUGACACAGCCCUUCGCCCCAGCUGGCCGGAGCCUCCCGCCUGGUGGGGGCAGCGGCAGCAGCUUUGGGCCAACAGACUGGUUCCCACAGACGCCAGAGUCUCUCCCGUACACGUCCCAAGAGUGUCUGGACUCAGGCAUCGGCUCCCUGGAGAGCCAGAUGUCCGAACUCUGGGGGGUUCGCGGAGGGGGCCCUGGUGAGCCCGGCCCGCCUCGGGGCCCUUACGCCGGCUACAGCCCCUACGGGGCCGAGCUCCCAGCCGCUCGGGCCUUCUCUGCCUUUGGAGGGGCCAUGGGUGCCGGCCACUUCAGUGUCCCUGCUGACUAUGCCCCCCCACCGGCUGCCUUUCCACCUCGAGAGUACUGGUCUGAGCCGUACCAGCUGCCCCCGCCCACCCCAGUCCUGCAGGACCGGCAGGUGCCAGGCCCGGGGGCUGACAGGGGCCCAUGGGGCGGGGCUGGCAGCCUAGCCAAGGAGCGAGCCAGCGUGUUCACCAAGCUGUGCGGGGUCUUCCCCCCGCACCUGGUAGAGGCUGUGAUGGGGCGCUUCCCGCAGCUCCUGGACCCCCAGCGGCUAGCUGCAGAGAUCCUUUCUUACCAGCCCCGGCACUCCAGCAAGUGAGCCGGCUGCGCGGGGGCAGCCACCCCCAAGGCUAGACUGAGGGAGGACUGAAGUAGGGAAGGGAAACUGCAAACCAAAGAGAACUGUAGGAUUGGUUCUGGCCCCCCGGCGCCUGGAGCCGGCUGCCGAGUGGGGCAGGAGCGAUCGCCCUGUUGAUGCACAUUGUAUCUGUAGUUUAAGGAGACGCUGCCGUAAAGGCAUCAGUCCGUGGCUGAAGCCCAAACCCCCCUUUCUCUCAGAGGGCGGGGAGGGAGGCGGUGGGGAGCAGAGGCCUGGGCUGGGGGCCCUGUGCACGGCCCCCCACCUCCGCCCCGUCCCUGGGAUGCCGGCCUCGGCUGGCUAGUUAGGCACCGUGUGCCUGCCCUCCAAGGGCCCCUCCGGUACGCCAAUGAGGCCGCAUUGGUGCUCUCGCAGGGCACCAGGCUUCAUGUUAGUAAGCAAGAUGCUUCUUAAUAACCCACCUUCUGUCCCACUCUGUUUGCCUGUCUGCUUGCCCCCACUAGGGGUCAAGGGUCCUCUGUCCCCACCCUCUCUUCCCCUUCCUCUGUGCUCCGAGUCACCUCUCCCGCAAGAGUGGGGACGCGUGUAUGUAUGUGUACAGGUAGAAUGUUAAGUACUUUAAGUGUAAGUCCUUGCCUCCUUUAACAUGUCAGUAAAGUACAAUGUGACCCCUUUAAGAGAUGAUGGUCUUGGUUGUACUUGGGGGCUGAGCGGGCCUUUGAGCAGUGGAAGGUCAGCAGGUGUGCACCUGACCCAAAACGCUCAGUCCCUUGGGGGCAGAGCCUUCCUUACUGAGGCCGUGGCCCAGGCCUUGAGAGGAGGUGGGGUAAAGUUGGGGAGUUGAAGUCCUGUGGCUGUGGGGUGGCGAGGGGUGGCAAGGGUUGGGGGCAAGGGGCGGGAUUGGGCUCUUUCCCUUUUCUGUCCUGUGGCCAGAGCUGAGGACAGAAAACCAUCUGGCUUUCUGAGAAGAGGGCUUCCAGGAUAGUUGAGGAGAGAAGAUGCUGGGGGAGCCCUUGGGUGUUAGGCUCUGGCCCCACCUUCCCAGGCACUGCCAUGUUCUAGACGUGGAGCUCCACCAGAGUGGAGCAGGGGGCGCAGAACAGCCUGGAAAGGCGACGCCAGGGUAGCCUCCGUGCGGGAGGCUAGGGGUCCUGGUCCCAAACUCAGGAACCAGCUCUGCCACUGGAUUCACUAGGGACAAGUGACUCCCCCUCUCUGGGCCUCAGUUUCCUCAUCUGUGAAGUGGGGAUAAUAACGGUACCUACCUUACAGGACAGGGAGGAUGUGAGAGUAUGCAUGUUGACCACAUGACCCAAUGCCUGACAUAGUAAGUGCUCAUCAAAGGGCCUCUGGUGUUGCUCUCCGUGGGCUGUGUUCACCUCACCAUCUCUACCUUCUCAGCGGCCCCUAAAAGGAAGGAAGCCAGGCAGGAAUAUACAUUUUUCUCAGAUGAGAAAAUGAGAUAUAAAUGCUACAGAUUUUAAGUGAAAAGCUGGGCUGUCGUAUGAUCCCUGAACACCAUCAGCAGGAGAAAAUGGAAAAAAUACAGUUUUAAUAAUUCUAUAUUUGAACAUCUCACCUAAUCUGUACUUGCUGUUUGUGAAGCUUUUAUAGUAUCUGUAUUUUUUUUUUUUUUAGAAACUGCUUUACCACAGAACACCUGAGCAGCAUGUUGAGGAAAAUGCCACAUUGGCCCUCUCCCUGCACGCUGGGCCCCCACUGUGUUCUUC